UGCCAUGCAGGACUCGUGGAUGAGCCCAGAUGAUGAGGGAAGUGCAGCUGUGGAGUUCAUCGUACUCAGGAGACAGGUAAGCAGGCUAUUAAAUCCUAUCGCGGGUGAAAAGAGACAAUGAUGAGCUACUGUCGCCUACCAUUGAACGUCUGACUGAUAUGUUAUGAUACCAACGCCUUACUAACGUCUGCUUGAUACCUGCAUCUAAAAACUAGUCUACAUUAUAGGAUAAUGCUAAAUCAAUAUAAUAUAAAUUGACGAGGAAAGUUAAGGGGACGAUAUAGAGACAGCUGUGAUAUAGGGCUAUAUGAAGAUGAAAUUGACAACCAUUUGAAAAUAGAAACACAUGCACGCAAACUGUCCAUAGCCUAUCAGCCGUUGAUCAAUUUUAAUGAAGCAGUGGGUGGUUAUGUUGACACUAGGCCUACAUUUUUAUUUGUGUGUAAAUGUAUUUAUCUAAAUCUGUGCAACCACAUUGAUAAGGGUAGCCUAAACUUUGGCGGAUAUUUCACUGUUCUUUGUCAUUCACGCAUCUCGACUGGCAACUUGCCUAUCUCUCCCUCUCUCUAGCUCUUAAAUGAGUAGACAUUGAACAGCUGUGUGUGUGUGUGUGUGUGUGUGUGUCUGUCAUAUAUAUACACUGCUCAAAAAAAUAAAGGGAACACUAAAAUAACACAUCCUAGAUCUGAAUGAAUGAAAUAAUCUUAUUAAAUACUUUUUUCUUUACAUAGUUGAAUGUGCUGACAACAAAAUCACACAAAAAUUAUCAUUGGAAAUCAAAUUUAUCAACCCAUGGAGGUCUGGAUUUGGAGUCACCCUCAAAAUUUAAGUGGAAAACCACACUACAGGCUGAUCCAACUUUGAUGUAAUGUCCUUAAAACAAGUCAAAAUGAGGCUCAGUAGUGUGUGUGGCCUCCACGUGCCUGUAUGACCUCCCUACAACGCCUGGGCAUGCUCCUGAUGAGGUGGCGGAUGGUCUCCUGAGGGAUCUCCUCCCAGACCUGGACUAAAGCAUCCGCCAACUCCUGGACAGUCUGUGGUGCAACGUGGCGUUGGUGGAUGAAGCGAGACAUGAUGUCCCAGAUGUGCUCAAUUGGAUUCAGGUCUGGGGAACGGGCGGGCCAGUCCAUAGCAUCAAUGCCUUCCUCUUGCAGGAACUGCUGACACACUCCAGCCACAUGAGGUCUAGCAUUGUCUUGCAUUAGGAGGAACCCAGGGCCAACCGCACCAGCAUAUGGUCUCACAAGGGGUCUGAGGAUCUCAUCUCGGUACCUAAUGGCAGUCAGGCUACCUCUGGCGAGCACAUGGAGGGCUGUGCGGCCCCCCAAAGAAAUGCCACCCCACACCAUGACCGACCCACCGCCAAACCGGUCAUGCUGGAGGAUGUUGCAGGCAGCAGAACAUUCUCCACGGCAUCUCCAGACUCUGUCACGUCUGUCACGUGCUCAGUGUGAACCUGCUUUCAUCUGUGAAGAGCACAGGGCGCCAGUGGCGAAUUUGCCAAUCUUGGUGUUCUCUGGCAAAUGCCAAAUGUCCUGCACGGUGUUGGGCUGUAAGCACAACCCCCACCUGUGGACGUCGGGCCCUCAUACCACCCUCAUGGAGUCUGUUUCUGACCGUUUGAGCAGACACAUGCACAUUUGUGGCCUGCUGGAGGUCAUUUUGCAGGGCUCUGGCAGUGCUCCUCCUUGCACAAAGGCGGAGGUAGCGGUCCUGCUGCUGGGUUGUUGCCCUCCUACGGCCUCCUCCACAUCUCCUGAUGUACUGGCCUGUCUCCUGGUAGCGCCUCCAUGCUCUGGACACUACGCUGACAGACACAGCAAACCUUCUUGCCACAGCUCGCAUUGAUGUGCCAUCCUGGAUGAGCUGCACUACCUGAGCCACUUGUGUGGGUUGUAGACUCCGUCUCAUGCUACCACUAGAGUGAAAGCACCGCCAGCAUUCAAAAGUGACCAAAACAUCAGCCAGGAAGCAUAGGAACUGAGAAGUGGUCUGUGGUCACCACAUGCAAAACCAGUCCUUUAUUGGGGGUGUCUUGCUAAUUGCCUAUAAUUUCCACCUGUUGUCUAUUCCAUUUGCACAACAGCAUGUGAAAUUUAUUGUCAAUCAGUGUUGCUUCCUACAUGGACAGUUUGAUUUCACAGAAGUGUGAUUGACUUGGAGUUACAUUGUGUUGUUUAAAUGUUCCCUUUAUUUUUUUGAGCAGUGUAUAUAUAUAUAUAUAUACUGAACAAAAAUAUAAACUCAACAAUUUAAAAGAUUUGACUGAGUUACAGUUCAUAUAAGGAAAUCAGUCAACUGAAAUAAAUUCAUUAGGCCCUAAUCUAUGGCUUUCCCAUGACUGGGAAUACAGUUAUGCAUCUGUUGGUCACAUAAAAAGGUAGCGGGUGGAUCAGAAAACCAGUCAGUAUCUGGUGUGACCACCAUUUGUCUCAUGCAGCAUGACGCAUCUCCUUUGCAUAGAGUUGAUCAGGCAGUUGAUUGUGGCCUGUGGAAUGUUGUCCCACUCCUCUUCAAUGGCUGUGCAAAGUUGCUGGAUAAUGGCGGGAACUGGAACAUGCUGUUGUACACGUCGAUCCAGAUCAUCCCAAACAUGCUCAAUGGGUGACAUGUCUGGCGAGUAUACAGGCCAUGGAAGAACUGGGACAUUUUCAGCUUACAAAGAAUUGUGUGCAGAUCCUUGCGACAUGGGGCUGUGCAUUAUCAUGGUGAAACAUGAGGUAAUGGCGGCAGAUGAAUGGCACAACAAUGGGCCUCAGGAUCGCCAUACACGUGGCCUGCAGUUGUGACGCCGGUUGGACGUACUGCCAAAUUCUCUAAAAUUACAUUGGCGGCGGCUUAUGGUAGAGAAAUUACCAUUUAAUUAUCUGGCAAAAGCUCUGGUGGACAUUCCUGCAGUCAGCAUGUCAAUUGCUCGCUCCCUCAAACGUUGAGACAUCUGUGGCAUUGUGUUCUGUGACACAACUGCACAUUUUAGUGGCCUUUUAUUGUCCCCAGCACAAGGUGCACCUGUGUAAUGAUCAUGCUGUUUAAUCAUCUUAUUGAUAUGCCACACCUGUCAGGUGGAUUAUCUUGGCAAAUGAGAAAUGCUCACUAACAGGGAUGUAAACAAAUUUGUUCACAGAAUUUGAGAGAAAUAAGCUUUUUGUGCAUAUGGAACAUUUCUGGGAUCUUUUAUUUCAGCUCAUGAAAUAUGGGACCAGCACUUUACAUGUUGCGUUUAUAUUUUUGUUCGGUGUAGUUUGAAACUUAUUUCGAGCAAUUUAAAAAGCAUUGAUCGAUCCUCUUGCUUGCUGAAUUGCUAUAAAAUAGGUUACAGUGUUGGCAAUGAACUGGCGGGGAAGUUUGAAGGGCGAGAGUGACAUGUAGCUCUAGUGUGAUGUAAUCACAUUGGCUAAAUGUAAUACAUUGCUGCACUGAUGCAUUGUAAAUAAAAUAAAACGGGCAGAGAAAUUAAUUUAUUUAUUCUUUCACACCACAAACCUGUCAGUGGCAGUGCGCUGACUGUCAGUGGCAGGCUACCCUGUAUUUUAUGUCAUAUUAAAAAGAUUCUGCUAAUGUAUACAGUCAUAAAAUGUAGUAGGCUAGAAAUUGCAUCAAAUAUGUUUAUAUAGGCCUAUAUUAAUUAAUGACAGUAUCUUAUGGCGCUAGUAAGACGUUAGGGGACUUGGUGAGAGACAUCAGUAGCGUCUUUAGGCUUAAUUUAGGCCUGUAUCGCUCGCGAUAAACCCCUUUACUGUUAGUGCGGCCUUACGCUUUGGUUCCGUCUAUGCCGUCAUGAUAGUGUAGCCUGUGUACAACCAGUAGAUGGAGCCAGAAACCAUAACUUCAAUAUUUUCUUCUGGCCGUUGUUGAGUCACUAAUGUUGCUUGUGUUAUGGAUACUUGUAUGUUGCAUUUCUGUAAGUUGUCCUUUCUUCUCAUGCUCAGAAAUCGAGGCCAUCUUUACACUAUGGCAAAUGUGUAAAAACCAAAAUAAUCGGUCACUUACAGUAUAACAGAUCAGCGCCUUUCUCUCUCGUGUCUAGGUGGUGAAGAUGAGUCGUCGUCUGGCGGGUCUGGAGAGGCAGAACGCUGAACGCAGACAGACUGAGCUGGUGCUCUUCUCCCUGUUCCUUUCUGCCUGCCUGCUCAACGGAUGGCUCUGGAUACGCAGAUAACAGACACGCGUCACUCAAACAGCCCACUCAUCUGCACUACAACCCUUGGUCCGCUCCAACCAGCUACUUUGCUCAGCUCUGCAUUCCACAUCCACUCAGCUGGGUAGUUUGUCAGUGCAUUUAUUCAUACACACGUUGGUGUUAGAUUCUGAGCACGUAUAGAUCGAAAUGGCCCAUCUCCUUUCUUUUAAGGCCAGGGGAGGAGGAAAGGAAGCAAUUUGGACCACUUAAGUAGGGCCUUGACUAUGAGGAUAAAAUGAAGGUGUUGAGAGUUAGAUGUGGACAAAUAUGGACUAAGUUUAUUGUGAAGGUGGAUGCCGGCAUAUUUCAACAUUAUCAGGGAUUGAUCCAUGUCAUGUUUGCAUAAAGGAUUGGCCAUCUCUGUGACUUGAACAGCUAAUGCUUACCACGGCUGGAGGUGGUGAUAGGAAAUGAUAGUGUUACUGCUGAGGCUCUUCUAUAUUCUUGUUGCUAAGUUGGAUAAUCAGAUUCACGUCAUAGGUCUGUCAAAACACAGCUUAUGUAAACUUUUAACAUUUCAAUCUAGUUGGUAACCACUGGUGGUGGAAUGCCAUGGGUCAGUUGGUAACUGGUCCAAAGUGUCUAGUAUACUAUUAUGGUGUGAUUUACUUGGAACUCUUCAGACUUAAAGAAGCCUAAAUUGUAAUCCGUUUCAGACAGUACAUAGGUAAUAAGGUCCUUCCGUAAGGCCUAAUUUAAUCAAGACUUUAGUAAG